AUGGCAUCUACCACCUCCCCCCUCCGCCUCGAGCCCGCCACUCUCGAGGACCUCCCCGCCCUCACCGACCUCUGGUACAAUGCCUUCACCACCGAAUCCAUGCUGACCAUCUGGCCCGACACCCCGGGCGUGCGACAAUGGUGGCACGAAGCCAACGAGCACGACAUGCGACACAAACCCGCAGAGAAAUUCCUCAAGGUCGUCGACACCUCCCAGAAUAACCGCAUCGUCGCCUACGCCAAAUGGUCUCUGCAGACGGCGGAAGAACGUGGUGCUCGCUGGCCGGCCUGGCAUCCAGAUAUGGAUCCGGUGCAUAAUGAUGCCUUUGUCAAGCAGCUGGAGACCUUCCGGGCUGCGUUGGUGGGUGGGGGGAGGCCGAAUUAUUAUCUCGAUAUGCUGGCGACUCACACCGAUUACCGACGGAUGGGUGCCGCUCGUCUGCUUCUGGAAUGGGGCUGUCGCGCUGCGGACCAGGCAGGCGUGCCGGUUUAUAUUGAUGCCAGUAAGGCGGGCAAGCCCGUCUAUGAGCGGUUUGGCUUCGAGGAUCGUAGCCAUGUCUUUGGGGAUACGGGUGCCUUGGCGCCUAUGGUGCGGGAUCCACCGAAGAAGGAUGCUUGA